CACGAUCCAGCCUUAUAUGCCCCAGCGAAACAGCGCCAAGCGAGACCUUACCUUUAUUCGUCUCGUUCGGCAACUUUGGCAGCCUUGUGAUGCCUUGCCGCAGUAAACCAUGGCUAAUCUCGCUCAUUUGGCGGAGAGAAUGGAGCCGGAGCCGGGACUUAGGUCGCCAGAUGCGACCGAAUCCGCGCGGGGAAUUUGCUGUGUUGCUCCAGAUGUGCAGCAGGCAGUCGAGUAGUCAACCGUGUAGGGAAACCAGAUCGCCGGCAGUCCAUUCCUGUGUAUUUGACGACUCGCAUUCGCUUCGGCAAGGGGUCACAUGCGAUGCAGGACGUGCGAUGACAUCGCCUGGUAGCAACGACCCAGUAACUCUCAAAAUCUGCUCGGACGAAGACCCAUUGCUCGGUUGUUGGAGCCGGAAGCCUAGCCUCGCGUCCGCGGGAGCUAGUGUCGCUGCCGCAAAGUCCCCGGAUGCGGGGCAAUUCAGCUCGCUCAGAGACCAGCUCAGCUGCCUUUUUCAUUUACGGAUGGCUUGCCGAUUGGCGCAGGGGAAAGCGGCUGAGGCGGGAAGAUGGUGCCAACAGCCGGGCGAACACGGUGAGAACAAGGUGUUAAAAGGUAAAGAUAGAUGACUCACCAAAGGUAGGUAGUUGAUGAGAAAAGGAGCGGCGGACAACUCAGCUCCGCAAUCAUGCCAAGAGAGAGGAAGGAAACCUGGAAGGUGACGAGCAAUGAAUCUUGUGUGAGCAGCCUGUGGCUUCAAAGCUGAUCUGAUAAAACUGCAGCUCAUGCGGCAAGUGCAGCAGGAGUCGGUAAUUUGUCAAAAGCAAGGCCCGGAUGUUGUUAGAUGUCGUGCAGUCGCUG